AUGGCGUCAUCUAGGCAUAUAGGAAGAAGACGACUUGCAAAUGACGAAGAAAAAAUACUGACAAAUAUAACUAUUGCACUGUGCGCAGUUGCCGCGUUAGAAACAAAUGGGCGUCACUUACGACAUACAUCCAUAUUAACUAGCCAUGAUUACAUGUUGGAAGUACUCAAUGGUCCUGAUGACAGAAUUUUUGACAAGUGCCGCAUGGAAAAAGACUGUUUUACAAACUUAUGUUACAUUUUGGCACAGCAAGGGAAAUUGCGAUCAAAUAGGAGGAUGAGUAUUGAAGAACAAGUCAUGAUAUUUUUGAUAAUCGUUGGUAAAAACGAGACAAUCAGAAUGAUGAUGGAGGAUUUCCAACAUUCAGGUGAGACGAUCUCUAGAUAUGUUGGCGAAGUUUGUGAGGCGAUAUGUGAGUUGAAGACAGGGUUUAUCAGGCCACCUGACUUCAGUGAUGUUUCACUGGAAAUAUCGACCAAUAGAAAAUAUUACCCUUUCUUUAAGGAUUGUAUUGGAGCCAUUGAUGGCAAACAUGUGUACGCUUCGGUUCCAUUGGAGUUUGGCGAUAGGUACCAGAAUCGCAAAGGAACGUUGUCAUAG